GUUAAGUGCGUACCCCUGAGGAUUGUGGGUGCUUUGUUGGUUCAAAAUGAAGUCUUUGUGGAUUUUUUGGACAUUUUUCUUUGUGUCGCUGGAGCUUGCAUCUGCCACGCCUCAGUAUAAAAAUAAAAAUUUCGAUACAAUAAAAAUACCUCUGAAAUUGGACGAAAAGAAAUUGGAGUGUGUAUACUACUGCUUGGCAAAUGCGAAGAAUUCUGGUAAAAUACUCGGAUGCUAUGGAAUUUGUCAAAAUCCCUCAAAGCAUGGGGAUGAAGAUGAUCUUGCGAAGAAGAAUCAUUUAUUGCAAAGACUGAGUAGUACGUAUGAUGUGGGUUUAAUCUGCAGAGACGAUAGAAGUUUGACUGUGAUGGUGAAUGUGUCCAAGACGAAAUAUCCCAAAUCUAUAGUGACACAGUACAAAGUAACUGAUGGACAAAGUGAAGCUGUAUAUUUGUCCAAUAGUCCCUUUGGACUCCUUGAUACACUUAUAUCUGGGAGGCAGUACAACAUUACGGGCUCUGGCUAUAGAGGGGACAUAAAUGAGAUCAACGAACAAUUCCUGGUAAAUGAAAUGUCCUUCAGGACUCUUGAACCACAAGGAAUUACCAAGGAAGUCACCGAUGUGGAGGUACUAAACUUUCGAACAACCCCAGAUUGCCCAUCGUGCAUAUAUGUGGAUGUUAAAUGGACCCCAUCGGCAGAUUAUGUUUGCCACUACAGCAUUGCAUGGUACGAUAGCCACAAUGGAGAUCUUCAUGAGGUUCCACUCAUUGUUGAACUUGCAAUUCAACCACAGUACGAAUUUACAAUUGGAGAUCUUCGCUUUGACAGUAAGUACAAACUUGCUGUAAGGAGUUUUAUGCACUUCACCGAACGGCCAAAAAAUAAUUCGAAUUGGAAAACAUUUACAACACCCAAAUGCCGUGAUAUAUAUACAGUGCCUCAGGAUAUUCUCGAAAUAUGCCCACUUUUGCAACCAACUAAUAUUGCAAUAAAUUUCGAACAUGUUAUGAAGUCCUUUUACAGCAUUCGCAUUUCUUGGAAUAAGAUUGAAGAACCCGCACCGCAUAAGUACGAAGUAACGAUUCGAACGUUAAAUGGAAAGGACCUCCAGGUAGUUACACUGCCCGUAGAAGGAGAUCAGACAGAAGUGAAUUUUAACAAAAUCAACGUUCCUACAAAGCAUAUUGAAGUCACAGUGGAAGCCACCUAUGCAAAUGGAAAGCAAGUGAAUGCAACAAUUGAAGAGACAAUACAAACUGAAAAAAUGAGCUUUUUUGAAAUAAUUAAUAUUAUUAUUGCCUGCAUAGUAAUGGCUUUCUUCCUAUUAGGUAGUAUUGCAAUUUUACUACUUUUUUGGCCAAUAGAAAAUUUGAGUCUAUUUCGAAGGAAUCCAAAUCAAAAUGAUCAACAGCCUGGCAUUGAGCUCAGACGUUAUAGAACCGUUGAGGAAGAAGAAAGUGAAGAAAGUGACGAUGAUGAUCCACUUGAAAUUAAAAAAAAUUCUAUAUAUAUUAAGAAGAAAAUAGGCCAAGGAUAUUUUGGGAUCGUGAGCAAGGGUUAUAUUACCAAUGAUAAUCAUAGAGCAAUUGAUGUUGCUUUCACGCAAUUACAGAUUACCGCGUGUGAGCAAAUAACCUUAUUCAAUGAUGAGAUAAACUUCAUGAAAUCCAUUCCAAAACAUCCAAAUAUAUUGAGUCUUGUGGGGUAUUAUACAUUAGAUUGGGACAAUAUGAUGCGCAUGACUGAAUACUGUGAAAAGGGAAGUCUUCUAAAGUACCUGAGGAAGGAGUGGAUGACUUAUAGAAAAAAGAAUGGAAGCUGGAGUGAUUUGAGUGAUAAUUUCAAUGAAAAUUCCAAAAUGAAAAAGGACGUCACUCCCAAAGAUGGAAAAUCUUCCAAUGCUGCAGAAAAUCCAGCAUAUGUUAAAGAUGAUGACGAAUUCGUGUUAAUUGAUGAAGCCUACUUAACCAUGAAAUCGCUCUUAGAUAUAGCUUUACAAAUAGCAAAAGGGAUGAAGUUUCUAGAACUCAAUGGAAUAAUUCAUCGGAGUCUUCAGGCUAAAAAUGUUCUCAUCAAUAAGGACAAUGUCAUUAAAAUAAAAGACUUCAACCUCAAUCGGAACAUCGAUGAGAGUGAUUGGUAUGAUAAAGAAGGGAAUCCACGUUCACCAAUCAAAUGGAUGGCUCUUGAGGUCCUGAACCACAAACUAUAUACCACAAAGUCAGAUGUUUGGUCAUUUGGAAUCGUUCUGUACGAGAUUAUAACACUCGGAUGCAUUCCUUAUUCAACAGUGGGAAAUGACAACCUCUACUUGUACCUGCUGAGUGGAUCACGUAUGGAAAAACCACCAAACUGUUCGGAAAAUCUCUACAAAAUCAUGAGAUCUUCCUGGGCUGAUCACCCUAUUCAGAGACCAACAUUUGCAACUAUUAUAAGCCAGCUAACUGAUUUAAUCGAGAGCCUAUGUAAACACGAUGUUAUUGAUUUGGAGAAGCUGGAGGAAGACAUCAAUCUUGUACGUGACAUUCCAGCUAGUUGCCCAUCAUACCUUAUUCCUUCAGGGAAAAAAUACAUACCUCUGGAGGAGAGUUCUGAGGACAGUGAUAGCUCAGAAAGUUGUGCUGUGAUCUCCGAAUCUGAAGAUACCGGCUCUGAUGAAGACUUUGAUGCGUCUGAUGAGGACUUUGAUUUUGAGGGCGAAAGAACCGAUGACAUUUACAAAGGGCAAGAAGUAGAUUGAUUUUUUGUUAAUUUAAAAAAUAUAUGUAUAUAUGUAUCACCUAUCCCAUGGAAAAGUAUAAUAGCUGCAGUUUGUGCUAUGUAUAGUACAUAAAAGCUACUAUAUUUUUCCAUGGGAUAAGCGACAUUUCAAUAAAUAAAUGAAAAUUCACCAAUAAAAAAAAAACAAAUGAAAAGUCUGAUAAAAUAAUAAAGAUUUUAUAGAGCUGUGAAAGUUAACCCUUUAGGCUUAAAAAACUUAAAUCAAUUUUUUAUAUGCAUUAAGUACCUAAUAAAGCAUUUAUCACGUAGGUAUUAAAAUCACAUGAGAACAUCUCAUAUUUCCAAUUCACUCAUAAACAAAUCAAUAUAAUGUCUCUCUUGUAUCAAUAACUACAAUAAAUAAAAUUUUAAUUUCAAUUUGUAAUUUGAUUUUCUUUUCUGUAUUUUUUUUCAAACAUGUAGGAGCACUUUGAUCAAUUCGAGAAGAGAGCCCUCUCGACGGUCAAAUGUAAUCCCUCUCCUCUGGUUUAUAGUUUUGAAGUCUCAUUCUCUCCAGAAGUUUAUGCACAUCA